AUAUAUAUGAAUUUACAUUUUGAUGGCAGUUCCUUCAAUUGUAUUGAAAUAUCUUUUUUUUUGUCUACCAACACAUUAUUUCUUUCACACAUGGUGUAGACUACAGAAAACAUGGAAAGGUUUUAAUGAGCAUUAAGAGAGAGAAUGCAUGCCCAGAAGUAUUUACUGCUCUCACAUUCCCCUAAAGCGCCCGAGAGGAAAAGCAGACAAUUUAUUUUGUAGGACUAUCCGGGCAAUAAAACCAAUGUGGCCUAGAGUAAAUGGAUACUACAAUUGCUCAAGGGCUGGCUGAAAAAGAAAAAAACAUGGCAAUCAAAAUAACCGUAAAGCCGCACGAUAAAAUGAAAAAGUAUGUGCUAAUGCACAUGAGAUCUUGUAGCAAGGCAAACUGUGGACAAGUCAGUGUGUGGUCCCCCGCUGUGAGAGGAGUGGAAACAACAAAGGCACCCCCUGCAGUAGUAGAGCUCUAAUAUUGGCACCCAUAAGCAGCUGGCAGGCCGCCUCCUGUAAUUUUAGCGCACAUGGAUGCGGAGGAAAGGUUUAAUGGGCAUUGGUGGACAUGCCCCCCUCGCGAGGGCGUCAAGACAGCAGAGCAGACAGGCAGAGGAGAGGGAGAAUGAAGAGGUGAAACGCAGAGCGGAAGAGAGGUCUGCUUUUUGCGUCACAAAUAAAGUCAGGCAACUAUGAGCAGCAGCAUGACUCCUCUAGCACAUGGACUCUAUCUGACUCUCUGCUUUUACUAUGGCCUGGCCCAAUCAUCUUUCCUGGACAGCUUUAGUUCCUUCCCAGCAGCACUCACCCCCCAGGAGCAGCAGAGGAGGUUGAACCCAUGCUGUUUAGUGAGUCCGCCUCCACCCCCCCUCUUCCCUCCACCACCUUCACUUUGGCGCCGCCACGCUCAUCAUGGUAAUUCAGAGUCUCCAUCUGAAGGUAAAGGUUCCUCCUGUGCCCACGGCCCCCCUGGCCCCAUGGGCCCCCCAGGACCUCAGGGUCCACCAGGAUUACCAGGGAUUGGAGGAUCCAAGGGAGAAAAGGGAGAAAUCGGAAGACCUGGACAAAAGGGUCGGACUGGUCCUCCUGGACUUCCGGGAAAGCAGGGACCAGUCGGAUGGCCAGGACCAAGUGGGCCCAAAGGAGAGAAAGGUGAUCCAGGCCUAAUGGGUUUACCUGGCGGGAGAGGACCAAUUGGACCCAGGGGUUUACCUGGAUAUAAGGGUGAAAAGGGUUCACGAGGGGAACAUGGCGAGAGAGGCUCCAAAGGCGACAAAGGGACAAUGGGUUUCCCUGGGAUGCUUGGACAGAAAGGUGAAAUGGGUCCAAAAGGAGAACCCGGCGUUUCAGGAAACAGAGGACCCACCGGUCGACCAGGCAAGAGAGGCAAACAGGGAGUGAAAGGAGACUCAGGCAGCGGCGGUGCAAGGGGACCUGCAGGUCCACAGGGAUCUCCCGGACUUCCUGGUCCUCCUGGUCCUCCUGUCACAGGACUUCACAUGGUUGGCGUCAAAGGUGCCCGCGGGCCUCCCGGGCAACCUGGACAGUGUAGCUGCAGUUCUCCUAGUGGUUCUAUAUUAGAAGCUUAUCACUCCAGAAGAAAGGCUUCCAAUCUCAAAGUACCUGUGAUCUUUGUGGUGAGCAACGAGGAGGAGCUGGAGCGUCUUCAGACAGAGAAUGCGUUUGCAUUCCGCAAAGAUCAGAGAUCUCUCUAUUUCAAAGACACUGACGGCUGGUUUCCUGUUCAGGUUUUCCCAUUCCAGAUGACGGCGUUCCAGUCUAUGGAGAACCCGCCCGACGAGGACGGUUACUGCGGCGACGGCGUCGUGCAGCGCAAAGGUGGCGAGGAAUGUGACGACGGCAACAAAGUUGUCACCGACGGCUGCGUCAAGUGUAAACAUGCCUUCUGCGGCGAUGGGUACCGCCACGAGGGCGCCGAGGAGUGUGACGGGAAAGACUUUGGCUACCAGACGUGUCUUUCUUACCUACCCGGGUCAUACGGUCACCUGAAGUGCACGCCGUACUGUGCUAUCGAUUCCACAAACUGCAAGUACUUCACCUGAGUGAAAAAGCUGGACAUUGCGUCCAGAUCCUUUUUCGUGGGACACAAACUGGGAAUAUACAGUCAUUUUCAUGCCAAAUAAAAGAACAAACAAAGACAGGGAAGACGCAGCAGACGAAGCGAAGUGAAGCAUAUACUGUAGAUAACUCCCGUGUACUGCUGCCGCAUUGAAUCCCUCGGAGCGUCGCUAUAUACUUUACGUGGAGGGGAAACUUUUCACCCAGACGUCAGAAACAGCAGGACAGCUGCCCUCCGUCUUAACCGGCCGGAUUUAAGCCUCAUCACGCCUCGAUGGACACCAAUGGAUGCCCAGCAGCCAUGCCGGGAGACUUUGCCAGGGGUGUCAUAAUCUUUACCCAGUUAAUAUUGGAAGAAAAAAAAAAAAACACACGAAAAAGAGAGCGAGUAGGAGCUCCAGAGCUGGGCCUCAGGCCUCGGGUAUUGAGCCAGUGCAGCAGCAUUUGCAUGAGGCUGGCCUUCAUCAAGCAUGUAUCACUUGACCUCUUAGUGGUUUCCACUUUGUACUCUUAACCUCACAUUAACAUAAGCAGGGAUGCAAGUCCAACCAAUAUCCUCUAGCGCUAUUCCUACGAGACCGUUACACACCGCACUGGCGACACAGGUGGUGCUUCUCGACUCGACACACAUAUUUGAUCACAAAUCCAAGAACAACUCUCAGGAACAGGCAAGGUCGCGUAGACUCUCACGAGCAUCCACUUACUUCAGUCAGAGGCACACAGGAAACUCAACAACAACAAAAAAGAUAUGCAGUAGUCCUCUGUUCAUCACCGGAGUUCCUUUCCAGACCCGCCAGCGAUAGGUGAAAAUCUGUGACGUAGACAGACCAUAAAAUAUUCCGCACACACACUUCAAACAUAUUUCAACUGAUUAAAACACACUUUUUAAACACACUAACCAUAUUUGGCAGACAAAAAAAAUCCAAUGUACAGACAAUACGUAGUGAUAAUAAUGGACUAAAACUGUUUCCCUACCUUUUAUUGAGCCAAGGCACAUAUUUGACAUGAGAAAAAUCUCAUGGCACACCACCAAACAAAAAUGUAAAAAAAACCAAAAAAAGUAUCUAUGGCACUCUGAAAUAAUGAUGAGCUCAUCGCAUUUUACAGUGGACCGCCGCAUACUCGCAGUUUGGCAGCCGCAGAUUCACACGU